CACCUUACAGAAUCAUACUUGCUUGCCAACGAGCCAUGGGGCAGUCCUCAGCUUCCACCUGAAUACAUCCAAAGCAAGUACAGCAACCCUCCUGUCAUGUUUUUUGGUAUUGGCUUCCAGUUAACUACCAUGGAUUUGCUCCCUGUCACCGAGACUCUCAAGGUGCCUAUCUCUUCCCCAGGGGAUGGAGGGCUAAAACCCAUGACCCUUGUUUGGGCCAUUUGUUGUGCUGUUCAACAUGAGCUCAAGUUGCAUAGGUGCAAGGGGCUCAAGUUGCAUAGGGUGCAAAUCGAAAACUGGGGAAUCAUAUCGCCCAGCACGAACUUGAGACAGUGAUAUGUAUAACCAACAAUAGCUUGGACAGAUUGUCUCACAAGCAUCCGAAUGUGGAUGAUGGGAUCUGUCUUCGCACCAUCAAGUGGAAAUACCUGCAGAACUCCACGGAGGUUCUGCAUGAGCUGACCGGAAGGGAGCCAAAGUGGUACAUAGGUGAUUAUGUUCACAAUAGCGAUUGGCUGUGCCGCAGUGGCUAUAGCCUGCUGGGUGUAGACUGGUUGAUCUCAAAGAAUGGGGUUGGAGUUACGUUUCAAUGCUCUUGCAGGC